GCCGGGAGAUGCGGGCGUGCUGAGCGCCAGGAUUGGCCUCGGGCACAGUCGGCCAGCCCCUUUAAUUUUUAAAUACACAGUCCUCUCUUACCUCUGGGUGGCAAGGGAAAAAAAAGAAAAGAAGAAGAAGAAAAAGAAAAGCCGUCAAUUUUCUCCAAAACAAACCCCGCCGGGCAAUUUGGGUUGAGGGCAGGGGGAGACGGAGUGGUUGCAAAUUACUCCAAGGCAAGAUCCAGUUCUCCAGCUGGAAAGGAACGCCGCGGGUUGGAAGAGCCGGGGAAGCUUUCUCUUCCAGUUCCCGCUGGACCCCCGGAAGCUGGUGCCUGGGAAAUCGGAGACCAUUGAUCCUCCUUGGUCCCCGCCCGGACUUCUGGCUUCAUUCGGAGGAAGAUCCGGAACGCGGGCCAGCGGCGACAGCAUGAGCCUGUUCUGACCUCCGCGCCGCGGGCCAAGCCCUGGGCUUUGUCGCGGUACCUGCGCCCGGCGGGGAGGCAACUCUGCCCAGCUUUUGCAAUCUUUUGUUGGCAGCUCUGACCGCUCCAAGUUAAAUGAUCCCUUGCUAUUUUUCUUUUUUUGUGUGUGUUUGUUUAAUUUUUUGGAGAGCUCUUGCGAUCUUGGAAAAGCCUCAGACGCCAUCUACAGUUAAAACGUAGGUAACUGCCCUCUCCGGCACCCCCCCUUCCACGCCCCCCACCCUUUCCACCAAAAAAGGGGGUGCAGCGCGGAUUCUGGCUGCCGUGCGUCGCGAGCCGGUAGACCCGUGCUUAUUUCCUUUUUGCUUUUUGUUUGGUUUCUARCGCGUGGAGACUGAGCCUCCGCCGUGCGCUUCCCGAAGACUACACAAACUACAGCCGGGCUUCUCCGCCCCGUCUGCGAUUCGGAAGGCUGCCUGGGGUUCGCUUCGGGAAACCCGGCGCUGCAGCUCUCCACCUUAACAUUCCGGUUACUCAUCUACAUCCAGUUGGGAAAAGAGAGAGAAAAACUAAAAAGUGAGGCGAUUCUGCACAUCGCUGGCUGCUUUGGGGUAACAAAAGGACCCGAGUUGCCUUUCGACGGAGCACCCCCCUCCCCCCGGGAGCCCGGCUCGGAGCGGACGAGGUGCUCGCGGAGCCCAUCGGGGGCUUCCAACUCUUUCUCCACGUAAACCCCUCUCCAUCCCCUCCCCUCUGGUUCCUUUUUUAUACCGGUGGCACAGAGGCGCCUGCAGCCGCACUCGCCUGCGACUCCUCUCUCCAGCGGGUUUUUUUGUUUGUCGUGUGCGAUCCCCACACUCAUGAACAUACACAGGUCUACCCCCAUCACAAUAGCGAGAUAUGGGAGAUCGCGGAACAAAACCCAGGAUUUCGAAGAGUUGUCGUCUAUAAGGUCCGCCGAACCCAGCCAGAGUUUCAGCCCGAACCUCGGCUCCCCGAGCCCGCCGGAGACUCCGAACUUGUCGCAUUGCGUUUCUUGCAUCGGAAAAUACUUAUUGUUGGAACCUCUGGAGGGAGACCACGUUUUUCGUGCUGUGCAUCUGCACAGCGGAGAGGAACUGGUGUGCAAGGUGUUUGAGAUCAGCUGCUACCAGGAGUCCCUGGCCCCCUGCUUUUGCUUGUCUGCCCACAGCAACAUCAACCAAAUCACGGAGAUCCUCCUGGGUGAGACCAAAGCCUAUGUGUUCUUCGAGCGAAGCUAUGGGGACAUGCAUUCCUUUGUGCGUACCUGCAAGAAGCUGAGGGAGGAGGAGGCAGCCAGACUGUUCUACCAGAUCGCUUCGGCCGUGGCCCACUGUCACGACGGGGGCCUGGUGCUGCGGGACCUCAAGCUGCGGAAAUUCAUCUUCAAGGAUGAAGAACGGACUCGGGUGAAGCUGGAAAGUCUGGAAGAUGCCUACAUCCUUCGGGGAGACGACGACUCCCUGUCCGACAAGCACGGCUGCCCGGCCUACGUCAGCCCCGAGAUCCUGAACACCAGCGGCAGCUACUCGGGCAAGGCCGCGGACGUGUGGAGCUUGGGAGUGAUGCUGUACACCAUGUUGGUGGGCCGCUACCCUUUCCAUGACAUUGAGCCCAGUUCCCUCUUCAGCAAGAUCCGCCGUGGCCAGUUCAACAUUCCAGAGACUCUGUCGCCCAAGGCCAAGUGCCUCAUCCGCAGCAUCCUGCGCAGGGAGCCCUCCGAGCGGCUGACCUCGCAGGAGAUCCUGGACCACCCUUGGUUUUCUACAGAUUUUAGUGUCUCGAAUUCGGGCUAUGGUGCUAAGGAGGCGUCGGACCAGCUGGUGCCGGACGUCAACAUGGAAGAGAACUUGGACCCUUUCUUUAACUGAGCUCACGUCCCCCAGAGACUUAGCGGGUACCAGGAGCGAGAGGGCCCCAGAAAGGAGUUCUUCCAGGGAACGYGGGGCCUGGCUGGGCAGCAUGAGGGACCCUCACUGUCACCUGUUUCUUGGAUCAGAGAAGGAAGGCUUCAAGGAGCUGGCUGAACCUGUAGCACGGGGCCAGAGAGGCGGGCAGGGGUGGGGUCGGGUGGACGGGAGCCCCCCAGCUCCUCCCCCCGUGUGGCCUGGGAGACCACCCCUGGCCCACUGGGCUGCUUCCAGCCAACCCCACUUUUCAUUUUGUUCAGAAAGUAGUUGCCGAUCUUGAUAGAAUCAAAACUCUCUGCCUCAAACMCACAUCUUGGCAUUGUACUGUUAGCAUUUAACUUCUCGUUAGGAUUCAGGGAAGGAACGAUUGGCCGAGGAGGUUUUUUUUUUUUUUCUUCUUUUUUCUUUUUUGUUCUUCUAAACAAGCCAACCACCUAUGUGAUAAUCAAUGGGAUUCGCUCAAAAAAUAAUAAUAAUAAUUCGGUGCACACAGUCUGACCUGAAACCUGGGUGCUACACUAAAGGAAAGCAGAAGUCCAGUUGGUGUCUCUUAAUCACUCUCCUCCACUCAUUUCUUCUAAACAGACUCUUCAAUGUCCUGCUUAGGAAAUGACAUGUUAAGGCUUUGCUCCCUGAAGGGGAAAAAACGUGUCCUCACGGGCUCUCCUGUUUCGUGUCAACUGGUUUGUGGCAGGAGGCUAUUAGAAGUCCAGCUUCCAGACAGACGYAUGACACUAGGGUAGCCGAAAGGGGGAGAAGAAAGGAAAAGAGAAGUUCAACUCCUGUUUGGUUUGUGUCCUUUGCAGGGUUUGCCUGGCAGGUCCCCCUCUUUGCUGAGUGACAGCCAGGGCCCAGGAGGGCGGGAAGCUCCUGGAACCCGGCAGUUGUGYGACUCUCUGAUCUCAACUACACAUUUUGUCUUUGCUUGAUGGGAAACUAGUGGAAUGAAACAGGUUGUCCCCCAUGUAUAAAACACAGGGCAGCUAUUUAAUUUUCUUUACGAAGAAUGAUCCCUUUGGCUCGGAAGGCCCUCUGGUUUGGAAAAAGCGGGAAGGAUGAUAAGCUGAAAGCUUGGAUGAUAUAAAUAAAACAUCCCUCUAUCCCAAUGCGCACCUUUGUAUUUUCAAAAACUCUUCUAUUUAUUAAGGAAAAUGUCACAUUGUGAUGUAUUAAGCCAGUACUUCAAUUACGGGUCGACUUGGGAUGACAUGUUACAUGCUGUAGUUAACAUUGGUAAUUUCUUUUUUCUUUUUUUUUUUUUUUCUUGUUUGAGUAUCUCUGUCCCUGAAAUAACCUUUCAUUUGGCUUUUCUAGAUAGCUUUAUUUGAUUUCGAGUGGCAAAAUGUUUUUUUAUUAUGGCUUUUCUAUUGCUGUAUGAUACAGAACUCUUUUGGCAUAAAUAUCUGUGUUCCCAGUACCUCAGUUGUUUGGAUUUUACGGCCUGUAUAUGUUUUGUGAAAUGGUCCUGUUUUUGGGUAGGUAACAUGUGGACUCUAGUAUGUAAAUGUUACUUGAAUCUGUGCUUCAUGAUAGUAUGUGGCAUGUGUGUGCAGACUCUUGGAUGCUUUCUGCCUGCUCAGCAGGAGCCCCUGUCCCCAGGAGGGCGGCUUCACGGUUCACAAUCAGGAGACAAGGCGGCCAUCGAUUUGCCCUCGAUUCUAUUUUGAUAAUGGAGGAUAGAGAGGAGAGGCUUUUUUACAUUCGGAAGAUGGUGCUGUGUCAAGAGGAUCUUUUUUCUUCCCUCUCCCCUAUUUUUUAAGUACCUUGUAGGAAGAAGGAUUGGCGACGUGCAUGGUGGGGAUCGAUGGCCUCUGGUGCUUUGUCCUGUAUUUGGUUUAAUGUUUUUGUCCUAAUCUCUUCAAUCAAUAAA